UGAUUUCCCGAAUCCCGAAUAUCACCUCUCCUCGGGUUCUCUUCCGCGCUACCUAAAGAAACUCCCAAACCUCUCCAUUGAAAAAGCAGGAAAAUAUCAUCGAUCUCUCCUUUGGAGUCUCAUACUCUCAUCACACUGAUUUGGUAUUGCAGAUGAUUCAAGGAUACUGAGUGAAUCUGUCCAUAAUCCAGCUUUUGGUUUUCCACUGCCACCACCAGAUGAGACCAUCAUCUAAGUAUCAAAGUUGAACUAUAUACGUAUGUUGGAAUGGGGGAAAAGGUUGCGAAUGAGGAGGUAGACAAACUUUCUGAAUCACUUAACGGUCUCUUCACCAAUGUCUCUACCAUGGUCAAAGGAGAACUCCAGGGCACAAAUAACUUGCUGGAACUUUUGGAGAAGAUGAAUACCCGAGUAGCAGAGGAAUACAAGUGCCUGGGCGAUGUAGCUUCUGGAUUACGGAUUUUUGUGGAACAGUUGAAGGAAAAAAAUGGAAACUUUGAUGAAUACGUUCAGCAAAUUGAAGCGAUGGAGUUGCAACUGACCGAAUUUGAAGCUGUAGUUUCUGUGCUUGACAAACAUGUGUCUAUGCUGGAAUCAAAAGUGCAUUCUGUUUAUCAGCAAUCUCCAUCCUAAGUACCAUGUUGAAACUGAUAUUUUCUGUUAGUGAAUGAUUUAAUCGAUCCGGAUGAAAAGAUCUGAUGAUUGAGAGAGGAGUGGAUGAAGAAACCAUGUAUAUGCCAGAUGGGGAGAAUUUUUGACGCGGCUAAUGUAAUGGUGGGAAGUUCACCUAGAUUUGACGUUUAUGGAUGUGAUUUUUGGCUGGGAAUGGCAGUGCUAUACGUAGCGGAUUUCCUAAUAAAUUUGUUGGGAUGGUGACAUCAUACUGGGGUCUAACAGGGAGGGAGUGUGAUGCUUGUGGUUUGUCUUUGGCCCUGAAUCAUUUAGUGCACUUGAAAUCUGAUGAAGAAUUUAUGGAUGCUGUAUCUCCCCGUGGUGCCACUGCUGGGGUUCAGUAGAAGAAGCAGAAAUAAAGAAAAAGAAGAUUUCAAUGAAAAUUGUUUACCAUGUGUCCGCUAUUACGUUUAGUCUUUGAUUGUAUUCUCUGUUUUUGUUUCGUAAUCGAAGAAGUAAAACAGCCACUACCAACCACCAUUGACCGAGUAUUGUGUUUUCGACCAA